AUGAGACUACCAAAAUGUAGCGCAAGGAAGAGACCUACACUGGACAGAAUGUUCGCUUCGACGUCACAAAGAAAUGAUGAUGGUUUGCGGGCGUCUUACAAUAUCUCGUUACUUAUAGCAGAAUCCGGAAAACCGCAUACUAUCGGAGAGAAGUUAAUUUUGCCAGCCGUUGAAGAGGUUUUAAAAACUGUUUUACACAAACCUGCAUCUGAUAUCAUUAAAAGAAUUCCCUUAAGCAACAAUACUGUUGAAAGACGUAUUGAUGAAAUGAAUUCUGAUAUUGACAGCUUCUUAUGUACUUAUUUGCAAACGACCCAUUUCUCUAUGCAACUGGACGAGUCAACUUUACCUGAUAAUGCAGCAUUAUUAUUGGCAUACGUUCGUUUUAUUAUGAAUCAAGAAAUCUACGAAGAACUGCUCUUCGCAAGAACUUUGAUUACCGACACUAAAGCUGAAUCAAUAUUUCAUGAUUUGAAGGAUUACUUCAUUGAAAAAGCAAUUCCUUUAUCAAAUAUAAUAUCAGUAGCUAUAGAUGCCAUGGCUGGACAAUAUCGAGAUCCCAGAGCCAUGACCAAAGACGAAAGCAGCAGUUCCAACUACUGCUACCAGGAGAUCAGUCGUCUUCUAUCCGUCCAGCCCGGUUCCAGGCAGAGGUCUCUCCCUUGGAGACAAGGAAGAAUGAAACGAAGGAACGUCCCGCCCCGCAUGUCUGUUCUUAAGCAAAUAAAGCAGACGCCAUAUAAGACUCCAACUCCGAUUCUCAGAGCCAUGGAGCCCACCAGGAUGUGUACCCCCACGAUGUCUAUGGUAACUACCCUGUAUAAAUUUAACGUAAAUGCUAAGGAGUUCGUACCGAGGUGCAAACGGUUGUUCGAAGCCUUGUUACAAAGGUACGUUCUCAAAUACGACCAGAUGAUUUCUAUGGGGUAUCCUGUUCAGAGAAUCGUUGAUCGGAACGUUUUGAUGAUGUGGCAUACCCCCAAGAUGCCUUGGAUGACUCCCCGGUAUAUCCUUAACGUUAACGCUGAUACCCAAGUGUACUACAACCAAUACUACGUAUUUCCUACAUCUGGCUUCUAUUUCGAACGAACUUGUAUCCGAUGUAGUAAACCGUUCUACACAACUGAUAAGGAAUACAUCACAAGGGAGAGUUGCUGCUACCACUGGGGCAAGUUGCAAUACGGUGUACCUCUAGGCAUAGGGAAAAGCUAUGGAUUAAUGUAUACGUGUUGCGGAGCGGAAAAUGGAGCCAUAGGUUGUACUGCAGCUGGGGUGCACGUAUGGAGCGGAGCCCGAUAUGGAGUUAACUCGUACCACGACAACCACGUGGUGACAAAAGAAAUGAAAAAUCCUCCAGCAGAUGGUAACUACGGCGUGUACGCCCUGGACUGCGAAAUGUGCUUUACAGUGCGUGGCCUAGAACUAACCAAAGUGACAGUGGUGGCCAUCGACGGAAGAGUAGUGUACGAUACGUACGUCCAGCCCGACUUUGAGAUCGUUGACUAUAACACUAGGUUCUCAGGCAUCACCGCUAAAGACAUGGAACACUCGCAAGUGAAAAAACUCCAUGAAGUGCAAAACGAUCUUUUGGGCUUCAUACACUCGAAAACUAUACUGAUCGGCCAUGGUCUUGAGAAUGAUUUAAAAGCGCUGAGGAUGGUGCAUUACUACGUGGUGGACACCGCGUACACAUUCCCGCAUCACUAUGGCCUUCCUUACCGAAUGUCUCUCAAGAACCUAACCUCCAUGAUCUUAAAUCGGCAGAUCCAGGAGGAUUGCCACGACAGUUACGAGGAUGCCGCCGCGUGUAUAGACUUGAUAUUAUGGAAGGUCAGGAAAGACUUAGGGAUGUUUUGA